AUGUACGAUAUUGAAGACUUUAACUCCGACAAAGCUGGUCUUUCUCUUGGUGAAAUGUACAACGAUCAGGACGUUGAGAUCCUCUUAAUCGAAUCUUUAAACUGGAUUAAUCACAAAUUAGAGUCUGAUUCAAAUAAUGACAUCAUCAUCGGUUUAAGAGAUAGGAUUCAACUCAGACUCAACCUGUUCUCCAUCUACAACCCAUAUCUAACCAACUGCCCUUCAGAUAAUCCUCGUCAACUUGACGAAUCUCUAUCUUCAAUCAACCAUGCUAUCGAACUUAUCAAGAUUAUUUCUCCCUCUCCAUCCCCAUCCACCAAAGUUUCCAACUCUUUUUACUCAGGUAUAUCCAAGUAUCUCCCCAAUAUGGCACCUUUACCCCCACUCGAUGACGCUCUCUUGGACAUUCAAGGCAAAAACGUUUGGGAGGGUUUCAAACCUUCCCUCGAAUGUUUCAGGGAUAUAAACAAAGCUAUUCGCGUGCAAGAUCCUCUUGAAUGGAUUAAUUGGCUAUCAAGUAGAUCCAUUUCAAAACCUUCAGAAAGAGCUCUUCCAUCAUACCUACGCAACUUAACUCUUUCCCGCUUCAUAUCCGAUGAUAACCUCAUUUUUAACCAACACUCCAUUGAAUGGAUCACAGACUCACUACUUCAAGGCAUGAUUGGCCUCCCACACGGAGUGCUAGACCUUGUCAUUAGGCUCAAACAAGCUGAGAUGACUGUCGUUGGUCGUAAUCCCAUGUCCAUCGGUCAAGCUCUUAGUGUGUGGUCACAGAGAGUAGCUGGUUUUUACGUCAAUCUAGUCUCUACAUACUGCCACAAUAGGCCUCGUCAGAAGCGCAACCUCCCCAAAAGUAUCAAACAAUUCGAAGAGCUUGACAAUGAGAUAGAGACAGUCCAUCAACCAUCAACCAAAUCACUACAGCCGCUAUCACCCACACUUGCAACACUUUUCGCAUUGAUCCCAUUCGCAAUGCGAUCUUUCAUCUUAAGCUUAAACAUAGAAUCCCUACUCGUCACCACAGAGCUAGAUUUGCUCGAUAAGGAGCAUGAUUGGUUCAUCAUAUACUGGCAGCUCAGUAGGGUUGCUAGGUCUUGGCAGUAUGAGCUAAAUCAGGCUUCGUCAUCUUUAUCGUCCCUCCCAGUGGAUAAUCGUGUCGGAUUCACUGAGGCUGUUAAGCAUAACGCACUCGAAUGGAUGAAAGAGCGCACACUGUUUGCCAGUAUAAUGGACCACCUCUCGCAAGCUACUCUCAACGCAAGUGCACUGCAUAUCAUCAAACUCAAUACACCAUCUUUAUCAACAGGCGAACGUCAAGCACGAUUCCAGAGACGUCUCAAGUGGACGAUGAGAGGAAAUAUUCCUCGCGACACCCAUUCGGUCAGGGAUAUUGAGACUGAUCCAAGCUUUGAGUUGUAUGACAAAGAUCUCUUUGUCUUGAAUGGUAAUGCAACGACUGAAGCUGCUACACGAUACUAUGAGUCUGCACUCGAAAAGAUUAAUCUUUCACUUAGCAUUAAUACCUCACAAGCCCACUUAAAGCUAUCUGAAGAGAAGCGUGAUAGUACAUUACAAGCACUGAAAUUGAUCUGCGAGACAAACAUCGAUAAAGUGAAAAAUACUUCAUCCACACAGCAGCACACUCUCCAAUGGUCUAAUGCAUUACAGCCUUGGUUUCCCAACUUAGCAUCUUCAAUAAAUUAG